AUGCCGUGCACGGAGGUGAGUGGAGUAAUCGUGGAGGAGGAGAAGAAGAAGAAGGAGGAGGAGGAGGAGAAGGAAGUAGCGUUCAGGAAAAUCACUAACUACAUGCUGAAUAUCGGAGGCUACAUCAAUGGAGGAGCAGGUGAUUCUUUGUUCUAUGUGAAUGGAAGAGGUUUUUCAACCUAUGACAAAGAUCCAACAGGAAACUGUGCAGAGACUUAUUCUGGAGGCUUCUGGUACUACUGGGGGUACUGGUCACAAUGCCAUUACGCCAACCCCAAUGGCCUGUACAAAUAUGGGAAUGUGGGCACAGCAUACACAGGGAUCAUGUGGCAGACCUGGAAAGGUAGCUACUACUCUGUGAAGACCAUCAUGAUGAAGAUCAGAAGGAUGGGUCUGGAAGAUCUUACAAACCUUUAGCUUUCCAAAACUACAAAGCCAAAAGAAUAGAAUAAAGUCUGAUAUCUCUGAAUGGAACUGGUGACAGAUCUCCAAGAAAAUGGCAAGAUUACUUAAGACUACUUAUCCAUUAAUCCUAAUCUUUAAUAUUUGGGUUU